AGAGGCAAGCCACUCCAAGAGUCCAGCAAAACCAGAUUCCACAUGGCGCUUCUCACCCGCCGUUGCCAUUUCACAUACAAAUGGCAAUUUCUCCUGGACCAACAACAACCUUUACCUCCUCCUCUUUCAUACUAAAACCUUGUCUUUCUUUUUCUUUCCUUCUCCACAAUUCUAUGCUCAAGAGGCUGCUGCUCUCUCCCACUCUCCACCGCUUUUUCUCUCACCCAACUAAAUUCCUAUCCUUCCCUGGAACACACCCUUGUGCCUGUGCUCACUUUCCCUCGCUUUCUUGGCCUGUCUCCCCCAUUUUCCCUCGACCCAUUCACUCCCUCAACGUCCUGGCCAUGGCUGAACGACCCUCAGCACCUGCGUCGCAUUCUCACAACCACACCAAUCGUUUAGCUGCCGAGCACAGUCCCUAUCUUCUUCAGCAUGCUCAUAACCCUGUUGAUUGGUAUCCAUGGGGUGAGGAAGCCUUCGCGGAAGCGCGAAGGAGAGACGUGCCCAUCUUCUUGUCAAUUGGAUACAGCACCUGCCAUUGGUGUCAUGUUAUGGAGGUGGAAUCUUUUGAGGAUGAAGGGGUUGCCAAAUUGUUGAAUGAUUGGUUUGUCAGUAUCAAGGUGGAUCGGGAAGAGCGCCCUGAUGUUGAUAAGGUAUACAUGACUUAUGUGCAGGCUUUGUACGGUGGUGGAGGUUGGCCACUUAGUGUCUUUCUUUCACCUGAUUUGAAACCUUUAAUGGGUGGAACAUACUUUCCGCCGGAUGACAACUAUGGGAGACCAGGGUUCAAGACUAUACUUAGAAAGGUGAAGGAUGCCUGGGAUAGUAAGAGGGAUAUUCUUGUUAAGAGUGGAGCCUUUGCUAUUGAGCAGCUCACAGAGGCAUUAUCUGCGAGUGCAAGUUCUAAUAAAGUGCCAGAUGGGCUUCCACAAAAUGCCUUGCGUCUAUGUGCAGAGCAGCUUUCUUCUAGUUAUGAUUCAAAGUUUGGUGGCUUUGGAUCUGCCCCAAAGUUUCCUAGACCAGUCGAAAUUCAGCUGAUGUUUCACUGGUCCAAAAAAUUGGAGGAAACUGGAAAGUUAAGUGAAGCAAAUGAAGCUUUGAAAAAGGUUUUCUUUAGCUUGCAAUGCAUGGCAAGAGGAGGCAUCCAUGAUCACGUUGGAGGUGGCUUUCAUAGAUAUAGCGUGGACGAGUGCUGGCAUGUUCCCCACUUUGAGAAAAUGCUGUAUGAUCAAGGGCAGCUUGCUAAUGUCUAUUUAGAUGCUUUUUCUAUCUCCAAAGACAUCUUCUAUUCAUGUGUAUCUCGGGAUAUUCUUGAUUAUUUGGGGAGAGACAUGAUUGGACAAGAAGGUGAGAUCUUUUCAGCAGAGGACGCUGACAGUGCCGAAAAUGAAGGUGCCUCGAGAAAAAAGGAGGGAGCCUUCUACGUAUGGACCAGCAAAGAGAUUGAUGACAUACUUGGAGAGCAUGCAACUCUUUUCAAGGACCAUUACUAUGUAAAGCCUUUGGGUAAUUGUGACCUUUCUAGAAUGAGUGAUCCUCACCAUGAAUUCAAGGAAAAGAAUGUGCUGAUUGAGAGACAAAAUCCAACUGAAAUGGCAUCAAAACUUGGCAUGCCUGUUGAAAAAUAUCUUGAUAUUUUGGGUGAAUGUAAGCGAAAGCUAUUCGAAGUAAGAUCAAAGCGACCAAGACCGCAUUUGGAUGAUAAGGUAAUUGUAUCAUGGAAUGGUCUGGCACUAUCAUCCUUUGCAAGGGCUUCAAAAAUUUUGAAGGAUGAAGACGAGGGGACCAAAUUCGACGAGGGGACCAAAUUCAACUUUCCUGUUGUUGGUUGUGAUCCCCAGGAGUACAUGGAAGUUGCGGAGAAGGCGGCAUCUUUUAUCAGGAGACAGCUCUAUAACGAGCAAACACACAGGCUACAACACAGCUUUAGGAAUGGCCCAUCUAAAGCACCAGGGUUUUUAGAUGAUUAUGCUUUUCUGAUUUCGGGUUUGCUGGAUCUUUUUGAGUUUGGUGGUGGAAUUAAGUGGCUACUUUGGGCAACCGAACUGCAAGAAACCCAGGAUGAAUUAUUUCUUGAUAGAGAGGGAGGAGGCUAUUUCAAUACCCCAGGGGAAGACCCGUCGGUUCUCCUCCGCGUGAAGGAAGAUCAUGAUGGGGCAGAGCCCUCUGGAAACUCAGUUUCUGCAAUUAAUCUUGUAAGGUUGGGCUCCUUGGUUUCAGGCAGUAGGUCUGAUUGUUACAGGCAGACUGCAGAGCAUCUUCUGGCAGUUUUUGAGACAAGACUAAAAGAUAUGGCCAUGGCAGUGCCUCUGAUGUGUUGUGCAGCUGACAUGGUCACUGCUCCCCAUCGGAAGCAAGUUGUCUUAGUUGGCCAUAAGCCUUCUAUAGAGUUCGAAAACAUGCUUGUUGCAGCCCACGCAGCAUAUGAUCCCGAUAAAACAGUUAUUCACGUAGACCCUUCCAGUGAAGAAGAGAUGGAGUUUUGGGAGGAAUAUAAUAGCAAUGUUGCCCUCAUGGCGAAGAAUAAUUUUGCUGCAGAUAAAGUGGUAGCUCUGGUAUGCCAAAACUUCACUUGUGGUGCCCCCAUUACAGAUCCUGGAUCUCUCAAGGCUCUGCUCUCCCAGAAAGCCUCCUCUUCUGCAUAAAUUGCUGUCGACUAAUAAUAAUUACAAUGUUUAUAAAGCAUCAUAGUAAUGUUUAUGAAUUUAACAUCAUCCUUGUAUUUGGUUUUUUAAUCUUUUUUGGUUUAGAGCUGAGGACUUCCAAUAUGGUACAUAUCUAAUAUCUUUCUCCUCUCAGCUACAGCAACCUCCAUGACUAUAAUGUGUAUAAGCAUUUAUUUUUUCUCACAGAAAAGAUGCCAUAGAUUAUUUUUGGGUAUGAAGACGUUGUCGUAGUAGUA